CAGUAACACUGGGUGGGAUAUUCUGUCUGUUGCCCCUCACCCUACCCAGCCCUGUGCUUAGCUUGGCUCUUUCCUCCCCUGCGUUGCUUUCCGUUGCCCCACCAUCUCCAGACCCCCCGCUUCAAUGCUGCCACACUGGCAGCUCCAAAUUCCCCACCACCUUUAAGUUUACAAUUUUAAGCUUUAUUUUCCGUUUUCUUCUUUUUUAAAAUCUAUCUUGAAGAAAUUCAACCUGUGGAUGCCAUGGAUAAAGAAACAAGGCUGUAACCACCAAGUGGAAAUGGAAUAAUCUACUAACUUGGACGUUUUUUUUACUUAAAGAGUUGAUGCUGGUUGGAUUUAGUUUUGCAUGAGGAGGCUUUGCCCCCAAUUCAACGGAUCCUACCUGAAAUAGUCUCCACAUCACCAUGGCUGAAGGGGCCAAACCUGCCUCUGCUACUGCAGCCGGUGGCUCCAAUGGAGCAGCAGCACCACAGCCGGGCUUCCUCAGAUCCGGAGCUCUGAGUCUCCUCAAUAAGCUGAAGGUGUCCGUGGAGCUGCUGAUCGCCCUGGCUGCUCUGCUCUCCUGGGUGGUCGUGGGUGUGGUGAUGUUUGACUUUGUGGAGUACAAAGCAGUCCCUGACAUUCAGCAAAUCAUUACGGACCCUGUUAAAGCUGUAAACGAUGCUGUGGAUGAAGCCACCAGCCUGCUCAAUAAGUUUCAAGAAUGUGCACCUGAUUUAAGUGACCCCAUGUCUGCUGCCACUUAUGCAGCUGAGGAAAUAUCAGCAGCAAAAGAUGGAGUUGUUCGAUACUUUUCAGAUGAGGAAGGGACCUUCUACCUCAGCUACAUCGACCCUGUUGUCAUUGGUAGACGAGCUUUCCAUUCAACUAAUGACUUCAUGUGUGGAGUGGUGGGCGGCUGCAGGGACACACUAUGUACUGUUGUGGACUCUAUAUUAGAUACCAUACAGGAGAUAAAUAAAGGAAAAAUUGAUCUUAGCUACAUAGACCCUGUGGUAAUAGGCAGAGGUGUCUUCAAUGUUACUAAUGAGUUCGUGUGUGGAGUGGUGGGCUACAUCCAGGGUGUGCUCUGUUCGAUACUGGACACUAUACUGGAUGUAGUGAAAGGAGUCACUGACAUUAGCUUCAUAGACCCAGUAGUAAUCGGCAGGAAUACCUUCGGCGCUACUAAUGACUUUGUGAAUGGAAUAGUGGGCUACAUCCAGAGCGUACUCUGUACCAUCAUAGACAGUAUCCUGGAAAUAGUUAAAGGAACAACUGACAUUAGCUUCAUUGACCCUGUGGUUAUUGGCAGGAAUGUCUUCAGUGUUACUAAUGACUUUGUGAGUGGAAUAGCAGGAUACAUCCAGGAUGUGCUCUGUGUAAUCUUGGAUGUGAUACUGGACACAUUAAAAGAUAUUCAGCAGGCAGUGGGAUUCAGUCCCAUGUCGGUUCUGAAGACAACUGCGGACAUCACCAAAGAACAGAUCAGCAUGCUUGUGAGCUACUUCUCAGCAACACUGAUUGGUGAAGAAGGAAUCAUGCCUGAAGUGUCCCUCGACCCCAUGAAGGUUGUUGAGGAUGCAGUGCUGGAGUUCACAGACAAGAAAGAUUUGUUUGUGGCUUAUAUGUCAAGCAUGUUGGUUGGUGAUCAAGGUGAACCUGCCGCCCCUCCAGUUGUAAAUGUAGUAACUGAAAAAGAUGAAGCUGUCGCUGCCCCAUCUGACAUCAAUUUGGUGAGAAGGAAAGGUGAAUUUCUGCCUCCAUUUGAAAAAGUUGCAGAGAUCUUACACACUGCCAAAGAUGAAGCUGCUCCUGCUGCAGAGUUAAGUGAAGACUCAAAGACGGAGGAGGAGGAGGAGGAGAAGGAGGAGGAGGAGGAGGAGGAGGAGGCUGAAGUGCCACCUGAAGCCGCUAGUGAAGCAGAUGUGCAGGAUGCAGAGGAAGAUGAGGUGAAACAUGUCGACCUUGAAGAAAAAGAAUCUGAAACUCCUCUGGAGGAGGAAAUCCUUGAUCAUGACAGCAAGGAGGAGGAGAAGGAAGAGGCUGAUAAAGAGGAAGAAGAGGAGAUUAUAACAGAGGAAGCUGCAGAGCAGUUGGAGAAAGAGGAAGGCGAGGAACAGGAGGAGGACAAAAAAGAAGAGGAGGGUGAAGAAGAUCAAGGAAAGACAGAGGAGGCUGUGGAUGAAGAAGAUGAGGAGGCACAAGCAGCAGACGGGGUGGUAGAAGACAAAGAGGAGGAGGAGGAGAUCAAAACUGAAGAUGUUUUGGUAGAAGAAGAGGAGGAGGAAGUGGAGGAGGAGAUCAAAACUGAAGAUUAUUUGGUAGAAGAAGAGGAGGAGGAAGUGGAGGAGGAGAUCAAAACUGAUGAUGUUUUGGUAGAAGAAGAGGAGGAGGAAGAGGAGGAGGAGAUCAAAACUGAAGAUGAUUUGGUAGAAGAAGAGGAGGAGAAAGAGGAGGAGGAGAUCAAAACUGAAGAUGAUUUGGUAGAAGAAGAGGAGGAGGAAGAGGAGGAGGAGAUCGAAACUGAAGAUGCUUUGGUAGAAGAAGAGGAGGAGGAAGAGGAGGAGACCAAAACAAUAGAUGCUUUGGUAGAAGAGGAGGAGGAGGAGGAGACCAAAACAGAAGAUGCUUUGCUAGAAGAUGAAGAUGAGGAGGAGGAGGAGGAGGCCAAACCUGAAGAAGUUUUGUUAGAAGAUGAGGAGAAGGAGAAAGAGGAGGAGGAGACCAAAACAGAAGAAGACUUGGCAGAAGAUGAAGAUGAGGAGAAGGAGGAGGAGACCAAAACUGAAGAUGUUUUGUUAGAAGACGAAGAUGAGGAGGAGGAGGAGGAGGAGGAUGAGGAAGAUGAUAAGACCAAAACUGACAAAGACUUGGCAGAAGAUGUGGAGAAGGAGGAACCAAAACUUGAAGACCUAGCAGAAGAAGAGGAGGAGGAGGAGGAGGAAGAGGAGGAGGAGGAGGAAGAGCAAGAGGAGGAGGAGGAGGUUAAGUCAGAAGAAGAGGAUGAAAGAGUCCAACAAACCAUCAAAAUUACUGACGAUGAUGCCAGAGAUCAGUUCGAGAAAACUGAUGAAGAAGAUCAGGAUCUAGAAAUGGACAAUGAGGAUGAAGAGGAGGAGGAAGGAGAAAAACUGGACUAUGUAGAGAUCAAGGAGGAUGAUAAAGAUGCAGAAGAAGAACCAUUAGUCCAACAGCUUGAUCUUAAAAUUCUGGCAUCAGAAAAGCUCCAUAUUGAUCAGAUACCUGAAUCUGAAGAAGAAACUUUACUACCUGAACAUGAUGAAGACGAAUUCGCUGACAUUGUUGAUGAUCACGAUGAAAACAACAACAACAGUGAGAGCAGAAAGACUGAGCCUAAACGUAAGAGGAAGGUUCAUGUUCCCUUUGAGAAGCUCAGACGAGUCGGAUCCAGAGCGCCUCACAAAGAAGAACAUCUCAGCAAACAUGAGAAAGUUCUCAAAGAGGCAAAGGAAAGACAUGCAAUUAAAGAAGUUAAAGAUGCCAUUGUUAAAGAAGAGGAGCCAGUGAAGAAGGCUCUCAAAGAAGAGGAAGAUGCGAAGAAGCUGCCCAAAGAAAAGAAACAAGUAAAGAAACUCCUCAAAGAAGAGAAAGAAAUAAAGAAACCCUCUAAAGAAAAGAAAGAGGUGAAGAAACCAGCCAAAGAAGAGGAGGAAGUCAAGAAACCUCUCAAAGAAGAGAAGGUGAAGAAACAACUCAAAGAAGAAAAAGAAGUCAAGAAACCACCUAAAGAGCACAAAGAAGUAAGGAAACAUAAGAGACUUUCUAAAAAAGAGGAAGAAGUGAAAGAACGACCCAAAGAAGAAAAAGAAAUCAAGAAACCUCUUAGAGACAAGAAAGAAGUGAAGAAGCCACCUAGAGAAGAGAAAGAAACCAAGAAACCUCCUAAAGAGGAGAAAGAAAUUAAGAAACCUCCCAAAAAGGAGAAAGAGGAGAAGAGACCUCCUAAAGCUGCAGAAGUGACGAAAGAAGAGAAGAAACCUCCUAAAGAAGAGAAAGAGGAGAAGAAACCUAUUAAAGAAGCUAAAGAUAAACAUAAACCUGAAAAUAAAGAGGAGAGGGCCCUUAAAAAGGAGAGGGAUGUGAAGAAACCUCUUAAAGAAGAGAAAGAGGUAAAGAAAUCUCCCAAAGAAGAGGAGAGACCAUCUAAGAAGGAGAAAGAAGUUAGGAAACUUCUCAAGGAGGAAAAAGAAGCCAAGAAACCAGCCAAAGAAGACAAGGAGGAGGAGAAACCUCUCAAAACAGAGAGAGAAGAGAAGAUACCUUCUAAAAAACAGAAAGAAGUGAAGAAACCACCCAAAGAAGAGAAAGAAGUCAAGAAACCACCCAAAGAAGAGAAAGAAGUCAAGAAACCUCAAAAAGAAGAGAAAGAACCCAAGAAACCUACCAAAGAUGAGAAAGAACCCGAGAAACCUACCAAAGACGAAAAAGAACCCAAGAAACCUACCAAAGAAGAGAAAGAAAUCAAGAAACCUCAAAAGGAAGAUAAAGAAGUUAAGAAACCUCUGAAAAAAGAGAAAGAAGAAAAGGAAACUCCCAAAGAAAAGAGAGAAGUGAAGAAACCUUCCAAAGAAGACAAAAAGGAGAAGAAACCUAUCAAAGAAGAGACAGAAGAUGAGAAACCUCACAAAGAAGCCAAGAUACCUACCAAAGAUGAGAAAGAAGUAAAGAAACCUCACAAGGAAGAGAAAGAAGUUAAGAAACCUCCCAAAGAAGAAAAAGAAGGAAAGAAACCUCUCAAAGAUAAGGAAAUUGAGAAACUCCUCAAACAAGUCAAAGAAGAAAAGGAAUCUCCCAAAGACAAGAAAGGAGUGAAGCAACCUUCAGAAGACAAAAAAGUCAAGAAACCUAUCAAAGAUGAGAAAGAAGAGAAGAAACCUCUUGAAGAAAAGAGAGAAAUGAAGAAACCUUCCAAAGAGGACAAAGAGGAAAAGAAACCCCUUAAAGAAAAGAAGGAAGUAAAGAAACCUUCUGAAGAAGAAAAGAAACCCCUUAAAGAAAAGAAGGAAGUGAAGAAGCCUUCUGAAGAAGAAAAGAAACCCCUUAAAGAAAAGAAGGAAGUGAAGAAACCUUCUGAAGAAGAAAAGAAACCCCUUAAAGAAAAGAAGGAAGUGAAGAAGCCUUCUGAAGAAGAAAAGAAACCCCUUAAAGAAAAGAAGGAAGUGAAGAAACCUUCUGAAGAAGAAAAGAAACCCCUUAAAGAAAAGAAGGAAGUGAAGAAACCUUCUGAAGAAGAGAAGAAACCCCUUAAAGAAAGGGAGGUGAAGACACCUCCCAAAGAAGAUAAAAAAGAGAAAGAGGAGAAGAAACCUAUUAAAGAAGCCAAAAAAGAGGCAGAAUCAAAGAAAGAAAAGAUUUCAAAAGAUGGAAAGGAACCAAUAAAGCCUUCUAAACAAGAGAAAGAAAUCAAGACAACUACCAAAGAAGACAAAGAACCAACGAAGAAGAGAGUCACCAAGACAGAAGCUAAACCCAAAAAGUCUGCAAAGAGAAUUAAAGUAGUCAAGAAGGAAGUUGCAUCUGUCCUCAAGAAGGAGCAUCUUAAUGUUACCAAAGCAGCUGAAGAACCCAAGAAGUCUGCAAAGGUGCUUAAAUUUGCUAAAAAGCAAAUAGCUCCUGCCCUGAAAAAGGAACAUAAGAAUGUUACUAAAGCAGCAGAGGUUCCUGAAGUCCCAAAGGUGACAGCCAAACCAGAAGUGACAAAGAAAGUGGCAGCUCCCAAGGAGGCCAAGAAGGAACCAAAGCAAAAAAUCAAACGUAAACCUGUAAAACCAGAUAUCGAUGCAGUGAAGGAAAAGGAAAAAGCAGCCCCUAAAAAGAAAGAAGCUGAAGUUUCUGAACUAAAGCCCAAACCUGGUCAGAAAGAUGCUGCAGUUACUAAAGAAAAAGCCAAGCGAGCUCCACCAAAGAAGGAAGUUCCAAAGAAAAAGGCCAAAGCAGCUCCAGCAAAGAAAGAGGCUGCUGCUCCUAAAGAAAAGGUCAAACCAGUCAUCUUGACCAAAGAACAAGAAGGUGCUCCCAAAAAUGCCACUCUGGCCAAAGAGAGGGUCAAAAUAGUGCCUAUGAAGAAAGUGGUCAAGGCACCAAAAAAAGAAGUCAAAGCUGUCUCUGCAAAGACAAAAUCUGCAAAAAUCAAGACAAAACCAACACCGGUAGUUAAAGAGGCAGAAGCACCACACAAAAAUGUGUCUCUAACAAAGGAGAAGGUGAAGGUGGUGCCACUGAAGAAAGUGCCUGUAACUCCGAAAGAAAAAGUCAAAGCAGCACCAACAAAAAAAGAAGCUGAAGUUCUCAAGGAGAAGAAGGCUGAGCCAGUGACUCCAAAGAAAGCGGCAAAACCAACACCUGCUAAAAAGAAGAAAGUGCCUGAAACUCCAAAAGAAAAAGUCAAACCAGCAUUAACAAAAAAAGAAGCUGAACUUCUCAAGGAGAAGAAGCCUGAGCCAGUGACUCCCAAGAAAGAAGCUGAAGUUCUCAAGGAGAAGAAGGCUGAGCCAGUGACUCCCAAGAAAGAAGCUGAAGUUCUCAAGGAGAAGGUGGCUGAGCCAGUGACUCCCAAGAAAGCACCUGUUUCCAAGGCAAAACCAACACCUGCUAAAAAGAAGAAAGAACCUGCAAAAAUCAAGACAAAACCAGCACCAGUUGUUAAAGAGGCAGAAGCACCACACAAAAAUGUGUCUCUAACCAAGGAGAAGGUGAAGGUGGUGCCACUAAAGAAAGUGCCUGUAACUCCAAAAGAAAAAGUCAAACCACCACCAACGAAAAAAGAAGCUGAAGUUCUCAAGGAGAGGAAGGCUGAGCCAGUGACUCCCAAGAAAGAAGCUGAAGUUCUCAAGGAGAAGAAGGCUGAGCCAGUGACUCCCAAGAAAGCGCCUGUUUCUAAGGCAAAACCAGCACCUGCUAAAAAGAAGAAAGAAGCCAAAGUUCUUAAGGAGAAGAAGCCUGAGCCAGUGACUCCCAAGAAAGCAUCUGUUGCUAAGACAAAACCAGCACCAGUUGUUAAAGAGGCAGAAGCACCACACAAAAAUGUGUCUCUAAGCAAGGAAAGGGUGAAGGUGGUGCCACUGAAGAAAGUGCCUGUAACUCCGAAAGAAAAAGUCAAACCAGCACCAACAAAGAAAGAAGCUGAAGUUCUCAAGGAGAAGAAGGCUGAGCCAGUGACUCCAAAGAAAGCACCUGUUUCUAAGGCAAAACCAGCACCUGCUAAAAAGAAGAAAGUGCCUGUGACUCCAAAAGAAAAAGUUGAACCAGCACCAACAAAAAAAGAUGCUGAAGUUCUCAAGGAGAAGAAGGCUGAGCCAGUGAUUCCCAAGAAAGCACCUGUUUCUAAGGCAAAACCAGCACCUGCUAAAAAGAAGAAAGAAGUGGAGGCUCCUAAGGAAAAGGUCAAACCAGUCAUCUUGACCAAAGAACAAGAAGGUGCUCCCAAAAAUGCCACUCUGGCCAAAGAGAGGGUCAAAAUAGUGCCUAUGAAGAAAGAGGUCAAGGUGCCAAAAGAGAAGGUCAAAGUCUCUGCAAAGACAAAACCUGCAAAAAUCAAGACAAAACCAACACCAGUAGUAAAAGAGGCAGAAGCACCACACAAAAAUAUCUCUCUAACCAAGGAGAAGGUGAAGGUGGUGCCACUGAAGAAAGUGCCUGUAACUCUGAAAGAAAAAGUCAAACCAGCACCAGUGAAAAAAGAAGCUGAAGUUCUCAAGGAGAAGAAGGCUGAGCCAGUGACUCCCAAGAAAGUGCCUGUAACUCCGAAAGAAAAAGUGAAACCAGCACCAACUAAAAAAGAAGCUGAAAUUGUCAAGGAAAAGAAGGCUGAGCCAGUGACUCCCAAGAAAGCACCUGUUACAAAGGCAAAACCUGCUAAAAAGAAAAAAGAAGUGGAGACUCCAAAAGAAAAGGCCAAACCAGUCAUCUUGACCAAAGAACAAGAAGGUGCUCCCAAAAAUGCCACUCUGGCCAAAGAAAGGGUCAAAAUAGUGCCUAUGAAGAAAGUGGUCAAAGCACCAAAAGAGAAAGUCAAAGUCUCUGCUAAGAUAAAACCUGCAAAAAUCAAGACAAAACCAGCACCAGUGCUUAAAGAGGCAGAAGUACCACAGAAAAAUAUCUCUCUAACAAAGGAGAAGGCCAAAGUGGUGCCACUGAAGAAAGUGCCUGUAACUCCAAAAGAAAAAGUGAAACCAGCACCAACAACAAAAGAAGCUGAAGUUCUCAAGGAGAAGAAGGCUGAGCCAGUGACUCCCAAGAAAGCACCUGUUGCUAAGGCAAAACCAGCACCUGCUAAAAAGAAGAAAGAAGUGGAGGCUCCUAAAGAAAAGGCCAAACCUGCUGCAGUAAAGAAAGAGGCCAAGCCAGCCCUGGCCAAAAAAGUAGAGGUUGCAAAGGAGAAACCUAAACCAGCUCAAGAAAAGAAAGCUCCUUCUAAAAAAGAAGCUGAAAUAAAGAAGGAAAAGCUCAAAUCCCUCCUAAAGAAAGAGCCCAAAGUAACAAAAGAAAAAGUCAAACCAGCUGUUAAAAAAGACAUUUUGAGGAAAAAGAUCAAACCUGUCCACGUGAAGAAAGAAGUGGAGGCUCCUAAAGAAAAGGACAAACCUGCAGCAGUAAAGAAAGCCAUGUUGAGGAAAAAGACCAAAGCAGUCCCUGUGAGGAGAGUUGAGAAGAAGGCAGAAAAGGAGGAGAAAGCUAAAGAGGAUCGAGUUCUUAAAGAGAUACAGGAGUCUGCAAAGAAAGAAAAAGCUGCGACGAAGAAAGCUGCCAAGGAGGAGAAAGUUAAAGCAGAGCCUUCUGUAUCAGACAGCCUUCUCAUGGAGGACGAGCUGCCCUACUUCCAGUGUUUCUUUGUGGACGAAGACGAGGCCCAGUUUCCGUUUUAUGCCUUCUCACCGCUGCAGAUUUGAGGCUUCAGUCUGAAUCCAGUCUGAGGUUUACAAUAUAGUCAAUUUACUGAUAAUGACGAGGUUGCAUCACACCCUGCGCUGCUGAAACACAGCUGCAGCUGGACAGCAGAGGAUGAUGGGGGAUUUUAUGUGAUGGACCGUUAUUUUAUUCCCAGGAUUGGUUGAGCUCUCGUACCAAAUACAUGCAGCCAGUGUCAUUCCUUUCUUUUCUUUUCUUUUUUUUUGAAAUUUUGUUUUAUGCACUCAAUAACAUAUCAUGAGAAUAUUUAAAAUGGAACAAUUUAGUGUAUUAACUUCAGUGGAUCAUUCAUUUAGGUAUAUAAAGCAACAUUUGCAAAAACUUUUAAUGUAUUUAUGACUCAUUUUCUCAUUAUCAGUCUGUAAAAAAAGACUGUGCUUGUGCACAAUGGUGCAAUUUUAUAACAUAAUGGUUCAAAAUUAACUGCAAACAGGGUACAAGAACGUUGCUCAUCAAAGGUGGAAGGGGAUGCAGUUCCUCCUACAUUUACUUGAAAAGUGGUUUGUACACUAAACAUUUAAACAUUAAUUUUUGUGCUCAGUCAUCUGUGUAAUUUUCGCUGUUUUCUUCACCAUAUGAUUGAUGCCAAACUGGUGGUUGCUCAUAAUUAUUUAUUUUAUGAAUUUCAAGGAACCAUUUCUGUUAGGAAUUUUCCUCAAUUUCUUCCUUACUUGGUGGACAAAAGGAAUCAAAUGAAAAAUGGAUCCUCUUGGCAUUUUUCAAGUCAGAGCAACAUAUUUUUAUUAUUAUUUUUGUAGUUUUAUGCAACAAAAGGAAUGACCAUGCACUGUAUAUGAGAGCUCCCAAACUCACUGGUGGAAAACUACCUGAAAAUGUGUUUAAAGUCUUAUUAAAACCAUCUGGACAUCUGCACCAGCUCCUCAUUUUGCUAUUGGUGCUAAUAACAAGCCUGAACUCUCAGAAUGAGGUUGAAGUUCAGUUGUGUUUUUUUUUUUUUUUUUAAAUUUGAUUGUUUCUACCAUCAAGUAUCAGAUUCAUUCUGUAAUUCCUUGAUCGACCAAAAACACGCCGUCACUGACUUCAGUCUCUGGCUGUUUAUGUGUGUGCACAAAGUAGAAACUUGACAUAUUUUGGAAACCUUUUAAGCAGGUUCUUAUAAACGAGAGAGUGAUUGUCUCAUAGAAUGCUAAGGGCAUAUAUAACACAAUAUUAAGGCAUAUCUUAUAAUGACAUCUCAGAUAAAGUGUGCUAGAAUGCAACAGAAUAAACAGGAUUUGUGUUUCUGAACAUCCUGUACUUGAGAUGUGCAGCGACGGCUGCAAGACAGAUUUUGAAUACUGGUGUUGGUCAUGCAUAAAUAUCCAAAUCAUGUAUUCAAAACUUCUGAAAAAUGAUAGAAAGAGAAAUGAAAUGUUAAGUCUAAUGUUUAAACAUCUUUGAUUGUAUCGGCACACCAUGUGAUGACAGGUCUCUGCAGAUUGUAUCACAUGUUCAAGUGGAUGAUUUCAGACGUAAAACAUUAUUUCUCAGUCAGCUUGUACCAGCUACAUAUGGCUCGCUGCAUUUUGCUCCAUAUGUUGCAUAGGAGACGGUUAAUACAGCUUGUGGCGCUAAUCCUGAGUCUAUUCAAGUGCAAAUCCACUUAUUAUUUUAAGUUUAAAUAACAGGAACACAUCUUUAUGAGGAAUGAUGCAGCUCUCGGUGAGCUCAGACUCCAGUAAUUGAACUGUAACAGCUGUCGUUUUAUGGAGAUACUGAUGAGGGUGUGGGUGUUCCUAAAUAUAUCAGUUAUUGGAGAUGUUUUUUAUUGCAAAAUGAGACAUUUUGAUUCAUGGUGACAAAAGCUACAAAAUUCUUUCAAUCUAAAAUGUAUCAAAAGACUCACUUUAACCAGGUGAGCAUGUGCAAUAUUUAGUUAUUUGAGUAUAUCACUGUAUGUUUGUCUUUGAAUGAACUGUGCAUGAUGUGUGUGUGCUUUUGUUUAUGCCCUCAAAAUGUUUAUGUGGCACACACACUUAUGAACAUAUGAAUCAGGGUAUUUGAUACCAAAAACUGACAUGUGUCUGUCGGUGGUGUUGCUUACAUACAAGUACAAGAAACAAAGCAUUCAUAUUAAAAUAAUGCUGAUGUAAAUAGUUAAAUAAAUGGGUAAAAUGGGUUGUUUUAUCCCUGAAUCAUUACUACUGAAAAUAUGCCUUAACUGACCCUCAUUAUGCUUGUGAAUAGUGGCAAUUUGACAUUAAAACAUAGCACUGCAA